AUGGGCAAUCUUCCUCUGGCGAAGAUCUCUAAACCGGAGGCAGAAAUCCAGCGGCUUCGAGCAGCAGGUGAAGUUCUACGUUCGCAUAGGUUCGAGAACCCGAAUGGUCGGCCUGAACUGCUUAGCCCAAAGGUUCGACGAUUGCACCAGGAGCUUUCGAAGUACUUUGAGAGGCAUACUGACACCAAAUGCAUCGUUUUUACGGAAAAACGACAUACCGCCAGGAUUCUGAGUGAUCUUUUCGCUAAGAUUGGAACCGAAUAUCUUCGACCUGGGCUCCUAAUAGGAGUGCGAUCGGAUCCUUCUGGUGCUACGAAUGUGUCGUUUCGCCAGCAGAUCUUGGAGGUUGUGAAAUUUAGAAACGGAGAAGUGAAUUGUCUGGUAAUUUAUCUUGAUAUGCUCCCUGUUGGACUGCUGAUGAGCACUCGACUAAUAGUAGUAAAGUUUGCAACUUCUGUUGCAGAAGAAGGCCUUGAUAUCCCAGACUGCAAUCUCGUUGUCAGGUACGCCAACCAUCUCCGGAUGAAAAUGCUUUAUACUGAAGUUGAUAGGUUCGACCUGGCAUGCACUCUUACCCAAUAUAUCCAAAGUCGCGGACGGGCAAGGCACGUGAAUUCGACGUUUGCCCAUAUGGUGGAGCAAGAUAAUGUUGUUCACAAAGAGAGCGUGAAAUACCUUCAAAGCUCAGAGGUAAGCGAGCGCUCCAGGGUUAAUAUCUACACACAUGUCAAUCUUGUUUUAGGAUAUUAUGAACCGAUUCUGCACCUCUUUACCAAAGGAUCGCAUCCUGAAUUCCUCCAACGAUAUAGACGCCCUCAAUACGAAAAGGAGACUUCGGCCAAUGUAAAUUACUAUCAUAGCUUUUCACAGAAUGCAUUUCACUGUGAAGUUGUCCUCCCGGAGAAGUCACCAGUCCGCGGAUUAACGGGGAAGCCGGCGUCAAAGAAACUAGUCGCCAAACAAUCCGCCGCCUUUGAGACAUGUCUGUUGCUUAGGAAGCAUGGACUCCUGGAUGAUCACUUUGUGUCAACAUACCAUAAGCGGUUACCUGCCAUGAGAAAUGCCCGCCUAGCGAUAUCCUCCAAAAAAAGUAAUCAAUAUGAUAUGAUAGUGAAACCGAAUUUAUGGCAGUCAUCUCGUGGAGCAAUCCCGACAACGCUCCAUGCUGUGGCCUUCAAUCUUCGGCCGAAUAAAGCUCUACGCCGGGAGUAUCAUUCGCUGGUUAUCCUAACUCGAGAGAAACUUCCAGAGUUCCCAAAGUUUCCGCUCUAUUUGGAGGAUGACAUUCAGUGUGAUGUUAUUUGCACUCCAAUAGAAUGCAGCAUACAAGUAUCCGACGAGGACUUGGAAGUACUAACCACCUUUACGCUCCGAAUAUUUCAGGACGUAUUUCAUAAGAUUUAUGAGCGGAAUAUCCCGAUGAUGACCUACUGGCUCGCUCCUUUAAACCUGCUGAGCGAUCUCGCCUCUGCCAACGUAUCGCCCCGGAGUAUUCUGGACUGGGGGAUUUUGAAGGCUGUUUUUGAUGAACCAGACAUCUCCUGGUCCAUAGGUAAUUCAAAGAAGUUUGCCAAGAAUCAUUUUGUUUAUGACAGAUGGGAUGGCAGAUACCGAUAUUUCACGCUUGGUGUUGACCCGAAUCUUAAGCCUUCAGACCCUCCGCCUGCAACUGUGGCUCGUCGUCGACAUAUGGGUAAUAUAAUGGACUAUUGUCUCAGUUUAUUCAAAAACUCCCGGAAGAAGUUUCUUGAAACGUGCGACUGGAAUCAGCCUGUCAUCAGGGCAGAACUCAUUCAACUUCGCCGGAAUCUACUGGAUAAACGGACCGAAAAGGAAAAGCAGAAUGAAGGGGAGUGUUUUAUUUGUCUUGAAGCUCUAACGGUGUCGGCAAUACCCGCCUCAGUUGCUGCAUUGGCUUUUGCAUUUCCGGCUAUAAUCAGCCGCCUUGAAUCGUAUCUCAUUGCGUUGGAAGCUUGUCAGAAAUUGGAUCUAUCUAUUCCCGCGGAGCUUGCGCUAGAGGCCUUGACCAAGGACUCUGACAAUACAGAAGAACAUCGAGCAAUGCAGGUUCAUUUUCAGAGAGGUAUGGGAAAGAAUUAUGAACGUCUAGAAUUCCUUGGUGACUGCUUUUUGAAAAUGGCGACCUCUAUAUCGCUCUUUACCAUGAAUCCGGAUAACGACGAGUAUGAUUUCCAUGUUAAGCGGAUGUGUUUGGUCUGCAACCAGAAUCUUUUCAAGGCGGCAUUGAAUCUUAAACUUUACGAAUUUAUCCGAAGUCAAAGCUUUUCAAGGAGAGGUUGGUAUCCGGAGGGCUUAACCCUGUUACAAGGCAAAGGCCAGAGCAAAACAGCCCCCGAAAAUAAGCAUGCGCUUGCCGAUAAAACCAUUGCAGACGUUUGCGAGGCUCUCAUUGGGGCAUCUUACUUGUCUGGAGGCAAAUCUCACAGGUUCGAUAUGGCAGUCAGGGCGGUAACUGUGUUUGUAAACAGCAGCGACCAUAACGUCUCGGAUUGGCAAGAUUAUUCCAAGCUCUACGCGCUACCCAGAUACCAAACAGCAGUCUCAGAUCCGGCAGAGAUCGACUUAGUGGCUCAGAUUAAAGAGAAAUUAGGCUAUCAAUUCAAGUACCCCAAGCUCCUACGGUCCGCGUUUACACAUUCUUCGUACCCCAGCGCCUGGGCGGCAGUGCCUUGUUAUCAAAGACUUGAAUUUCUUGGCGAUUCCUUGCUUGACAUGGCUUGUGUCGAGCAUCUGUACCAUCGAUAUCCGGAUAAAGACCCUCAAUGGCUCACGGAGCAUAAAAUGGCGAUGGUGUCGAAUAAAUUUCUAGGAUGUGUUGCGGUUAAGCUUGGGCUACAUCCUCACCUCCGUCAUUUUAGUGCUCCGAUUCAGUCCCAAAUAGCGACGUAUGUCGAGGAAAUUGAAGCAGCAGAGCUAGAAAGUGGCGACUCACCUGAUGCAUGGACGUCAACGAGCGAUCCCCCGAAGUGCCUUCCGGAUAUGGUAGAAGCAUAUAUUGGUGCCAUAUUCAUUGACUCAGACUUUCGUUAUGAGGUGGUUGAAGACUUUUUCGAAAGGUUCCUCAAAAGGUAUUUUGAGGAUAUGACCAUUUAUGACACUUAUGCAAACAAACACCCAACGGUUGGGACCCUCGACAUAUUUACAUAA